UAUAUAGAGCCUCUGAUACAUGAUGCCUUCUUCAACCUCAGCUAGCAAGCAAAGAUCAGAGAUGAAGAGCUGUGUGGAAUGGUUCCCUGUCAUGCUAAUGAUCGCCAUAGAUUUCGCGUUCGCCACUAGUAAUGUACUUAUCAAGAAGAUUAUCGUUGAUGGUAUGAAACACUUGGUGUUCAUCACUUACAGGCAGUCAAUUUCGACCAUUUUCUUAGCCCCCAUCGCCUUCUUUCUGGAAAGGAACAGUAGGCCAAAGCUCACGCCACGCAUUUUGUGUCACCUUUUCUUGAGCGCGAUUGUUGGCGCUUCUGUUACUCAAUACUUGUUCCUUGUUGGUAUGGAGUACACUUCUGCGACUUUUUCUUGUGCUUUCCUUAACAUGGUUCCUGUCAUCACGUUUUUAAUGGCAUUACCUUUCGGGUUAGAGACUAUGAACAUUAGGAGUAGGAGUGGGAAGGCCAAAGUGAUUGGCACAGUAAUAUGCCUUGGAGGUGCCCUCAUAUUGACAUUAUACAAAGGCUUGCCUUUAGUCAAAUUUCAAGGCUCACAGCCCAUAAACCAUUCUCUUGGAGAGGCCGUGAUGAAGAGCCCCUCCCAACGACGAGAGAGAUGGACUAUUGGCUCGUUAGCAAUGCUUGCUGGAACUCUAUUUUGGUCGUCGUGGUUCCUCCUGCAAUCCAGUAUUGCCAAGAGCUAUCCGUGCCAGUAUUCUAGCACGGCUAUUAUGACUUUCUUUAGUGCCAUCCAGGCUGCUGUCCUCGCGUUUUGCACCGACAGAAACCUCUCCAUUUGGAUGCCAAAGAAAAAGAUUGACAUGUUAUAUGUCAUCUAUAAUGGUUCAGUGAGUUCGGGGUUGUGUUUCGUGGGGAUGUCGUGGUGUGUGAAGAAGAGGGGGCCGGUCUUCACCGCGGCCUUUAGUCCCCUCAUCCAAGUCAUGGCAGGCAUGGUCGACAUUCCCAUUCUACACGAACAGCUGUAUCUCGGGAGCUUAAUAGGAUCGGCAAUUGUGAUUGUGGGGUUGUACUUUCUGCUGUGGGGGAAGAACAAAGAAAUGCAGAAAGUAGUCCAUGAAGUGGAAGAGACAAGGGACAAGGAAUCAGCAUUGCAAGUCACAGAAUCCAGGCAGAUUCCCUGAUCUGAUGAUAUGGUUUUUCAAGAAACAUUUAUUCUUGUAGUGUCACUUGUUUGUAUGUGUUGUCAAUUGUAAGUCGAAUCGAAAGGUUGUUGUGGAUGUCUCUAUCUAUGGUGAGAAUAAGGAGAAGAAGAAAAGAAAA